AUGGCGGAACUCACCAUUACCGGCGCAGCUGGUCGCAAGAUCACACUCCCCACCGGCCUCUUCAUCGACAACACCUUCACCCCUGCAGAAGCCAACAAAACCAUCACCAUCGAAAAUCCCACCACUGCCUCCCCCAUCGGCUCCGUCUCCGCCGCCCAGACCUCCGACGUCGACCGCGCUGUGCUGUCUUCGCGCAAGGCUUCAGCGACGUGGAAGACUACACCUCCCCAGCAACGACGCCGUCUGCUGAAUAAGCUCGCUGAUCUUAUUGAGCGCGAUGUCGAGGUCUUUGCGUCAAUUGAGGCUGUCGAUGCGGGGAUGUUGUACAACAUGUCUAUGGGGAUGAGUGUUCCUCAGGCUGCUGAGACGUGUAGAUAUUUCGCGGGUUGGGCGGAUAAACUUGAUGGGCAGAGCAUUGACUAUGAGAGUGGUCUUGCGUAUACCAAGAGAGAGCCAAUUGGUGUUUGUGCGGCUGUUGUACCGUGGAACACUCCUCUCAUGAUCACCUCUUGGAAGCUAGCCCCCGCCCUCGCAGCCGGCAACACCCUCAUCAUCAAAACCCCCGAGCUCGCCCCCCUCUACGGCCAAAAACUCGGCCAACUCAUCGUCGAAGCCGGCUUCCCCCCCGGCGUAGUCAACAUCCUCUGCGGUCUCGGCACCGUCGCAGGCCAAGCGCUCGCCGACCACCACGAAGUCCGCAAGCUCUCCUUCACCGGCAGCGUCGGCGUCGGGCGCACCAUCCUCGCCAGCGCAGCAAAGUCCAACCUCAAGCGCGUGACGCUCGAGCUCGGCGGAAAAGGACCCAGUAUUAUCUUCUCUGAUGCCGACUGGGAGAAUGCGCUUAUGUGGUCGACUGCGGGGAUCACGACGCAUAAUGGGCAGAUCUGCGCGGCGGGGAGUAGGAUUUACGUGCAGGAGGAUGUUUAUGAUAGGUUCGUAGAGGAGUUUUCGAAGAGGACGAGGGAUGCUGUUAUGGGUGAUCCGUUGCUGCAGGAGACGAUGAAGGGGCCUGUUAUUAGCUCGACACAAAAGGAGAGGAUCAUGGGAUUCAUCGCAAAGGCUAAUUCCGAGGGAACACAAGUCCUCCACGGUGGAUCUCAGUCACACGACUCAAAGGGACACUUUGUUCCCAACACAGCAUACGUCAAUGUUUCACCAUCAGCCAGCAUCAUCCGCGAAGAAGUCUUCGGCCCAGUCGCCAGCAUCGCCAAGUUCAAGACAGAGCAAGAAGUCAUCGAUCUUGCAAACGACAACGUCUACGGCCUAGCUGCUUCAGUGUUUACAAAUGACAUCAGCAAGGCGAUCCGCGUGUCUGAUAAGAUUGAGUGUGGAUUGGUCUGUGUUAAUUCCUGGGGAAGCGUUAAUGCGAAUACGCCGUUUGGCGGGAUUAAGCAGAGUGGGUUUGGGCGGGAGAACGGUGAGGAUGCGCUGCAUGAUUGGACGCAGGUUAAAUGUGUCAAGGUCAAUGUUUUUAAGCUGUAG